CCUGAGCCAAGUAACCUUUUCUAACGGACACAGACUUUGAAUCUUGAUUUCUGAGAACAAGAAACUGAUAGACAAUAGAAAAUCAUGCAUUCAGAUCAAGAAACGAUUCACCACCACUGUUACAACGACAACGAAAACAAGACCAACUGGCGCCGCUCCUUCAAGUUGCUACCAAAGCGGAUAAUCUUAGUCCGCCACGGCGAAUCUGAAGGCAACAUAGACACCGAUGCCUACGCCACUACACCAGAUAACAAAAUCCCAUUAACCCCAUUGGGCCUUGAGCAGGCUCGCACCGCCGGGGACCACCUCUACAAUCUAAUAUCCGAUAACGGCAACUCUAAGAGCAACUGGCGGGUUUAUUUCUAUGUCUCGCCUUACCUGCGGACCCGUUCCACUCUCAGGGAGAUCGGGCGCCCAUUUCAAAGAGAGAGGAUUAUUGGGGUUAGAGAAGAGUGUAGAAUUAGAGAGCAAGAUUUUGGAAAUUUUCAGGUGAAGGAGAGAAUGCAGGUGAUUAAAGAGACUAGAGAGAGAUUUGGAAGGUUCUUUUAUCGGUUUCCUGAAGGAGAAUCUGCUGCUGAUGUUUACGAUCGCGUUUCAAGUUUUUUUGAAUCUCUUUGGAGGGACAUAGAUAUGCACAGGCUUCAUCAUGCUCCUACUGAUGAACUAAAUCUUAUAAUUGUAACACAUGGGUUAACCUGUCGUGUAUUCCUCAUGAAGUGGUUCAAGUGGACGGUUGAGCAAUUUGAGCAACUAAAUAAUCCUGAUAACUGUGAGUGUCGAGUGAUGGAGCAAGGACAUGGUGGAGAAUACAGCCUGGCAGUCCAUCACACAGAUGAAGAAAUGGAAGAAUGGGGACUGUCUCCUGAAAUGAUUGCAGAUCAAAAGUGGAGAAUCCGCGCGCAGAGAGGUGAUUGGAAUGACAACUGUCCCUGGUACUUGGACUCAUUUUUCAAUCAUCUGAAAACUGAUUUGAAUAAAGAAAAUGAUGAUAAAGCAGAUGAUUCUUCGAGUAUAUGCGAGUAGGCUACCCAGAAAUUGGGUUAGAAAUUCUUUUGAUUCAAUCUCUACCAAUUCUUUUUGAUUCAAUUAGGUAAGACUUCAGGUCUAAUUUGUUCAAACAGAGGCUAUACACCUAGAUUAUACAGCUUUUAGGAUUGUAACACUUGUUAGGAAAAAUUUACUUCUGAAUUCAUGAUUGACUGCUUUCUGCAGAGUGUAAAUGCAAAUACCUAUAAUUUUGAAAGCAUUUAUCAGAUUCUGUUUUCUGUUUUAUGA